AUGAUAAAAUUUGUGGCUAUCUGUGCCCUAAUGUGGGUGUCCGCUCAAGGACAAUAUGUCUACCAACAGCCCGGCUACGAUUUGGUGCAGCGCAAUGAUAACACCGUGGCAGAAGAUUACGGUGGUAUUUUGAACAGCUAUGGCAGUGUCGAGGAUACCCGAGGACGAAAAGGCCGUCCCACCCGCAAUGACUGCAAAGCGAAAUGCUUCUGUGGUACACCAAAUUCCAAUCGCAUCGUUGGCGGCACACAGGUGCGCCAAAACAAAUAUCCCUGGACAGCCCAGCUGGUCAAGGGUCGCCAUUAUUUGCGACUCUUCUGCGGUGGUUCUUUGAUUAAUGAUCGUUACGUGCUGACUGCUGCACAUUGUGUCCACAAUAAUCGUGACCAAAUAACAAUACGUUUGUUGCAAUUGGACAGAUCAUCUUCCGAUCCUGGCAUUACAAGAAAGGUUAGCCGUACCAUUGUUCAUCCCCAAUACAAUCCCAAUACCAUUGCCAAUGAUGUUGCUUUAUUGCAAUUGGAAUCACCUGUGCCAUUCAGUGACAAAAUUCGUCCAGUUUGUUUGCCUAGCACCAAUCAAAACUUCGACGGAAAAGAUGCCAUUGUUGCUGGCUGGGGUCUGCUCAAGGAGGGCGGCACUACAUCCAACUACCUGCAAGAGCAGACUGUUCCAAUUAUCACAAAUCAAGAGUGUCGCAACACCCGAUACAAGAAUAAGAUUCAAGAUGUGAUGCUGUGUGCUGGCUUGGUGACAGGUGGCAAAGAUGCCUGUCAAGGUGACAGUGGUCCAUUGAUUGUUAACGAAGGUCGCUAUAAAUUGGCUGGCGUUGUUUCCUUUGGCUUUGGUUGUGCUCAACCCGGUGCUCCUGGUGUUUAUGCUCGUGUUACCAAGUUCUUGGAUUGGAUUCAAUCCAAUACCAAAGAUGGCUGUUAUUGCAGUGGUUAAACAUUUUGGCAAA